AUGGCCAGUCAGUCCCAGGGAAUCCAGCAGCUCCUGCAAGCUGAGAAGCAGGUUGCUGAGGUGGCAGAUGCCAGAAAGAGGAAUGCCCAGAGAGUGAAGCAGGCAAAGGAGGAAGCACAGAUGGAGGUGGAGCAAUACCGCCGAGAUCGAGAGCCGGAAUUCCAGAACAAGCAGCAGGCGGCCAUGGGCUCCCAGGGUAACCUGUCAGCCGAACUGGAGCAGGCCACAAGGCGCCAGGUACAGGGCAUGCAGAGCUCCCAGCAGAGAAACCAGGAGUGCAACCCUGCCCACCUUCUUAGCAUGGUCUGCGAUGUUAGGCCCCAGGUUCACCCCAACUAUCGGAUCACUGCGUAG